CCGUCGCCGCCGCCGGGUGAGCGACUGCCUAUUGUCCUUCUCGGUGGCGACGGUGCGGAGCUGCUCCGGCUGGGCCCGCGGGGGAGCCCCGGGCGCCGCACGUGUCCUGGGUCAUGAAACUUAAUCCACAGCAAGCUCCAUUAUAUGGCGAUUGUGUGGUUACCGUGUUGCUGGCUGAAGAGGACAAAGUUGAGGAUGAUGUAGUUUUUUACUUGGUAUUUUCGGGUUCCACCCUCCAUCACUGCACAAGUACUCGGAAGGUCAGUGCCGAUACGCUGGAGACCAUUGCUCCUGGUCACGACUGCUGUGAGACCGUGAAGGUGCUGCUCUGUGCUUCCAAGGAGGGCCUUCCCGUGUUUGUGGUGGCCGAAGAAGACUUCCAGUUCAUCCAGGAUGAGGCGUACGAUGCAGCCCAGUUCCUCGCGACCAGUGCUGGGAAUCAGCAGGCCCUGAACUUCACUCGUUUUCUUGACCGAUCAGGACCCCCAUCUGGGGAUGUGAAUUCCCUUGACGAGAAGGUUGCCCUGGCAUUCAGACACCUGAAGCUGCCGGCGGAGUGGAACGUGUUGGGGACGGAUCAGAGUUUGCAGGAUGGUGGUCCCCGGGAGACGCUGAUGCAUUUUGCCGUGCGGCUGGGGCUGCUGAGGUUGACGUGGUUCCUGUUGCAGAAGCCAGGUGGGCGAGGGGCUCUCAGCAUCCACAACCAGGAAGGAGCGACACCUGUGAGCCUGGCCUUAGAGCGGGGUUAUCACAAGCUACACCGGCUUCUAACUGAGGAGAAUGCUGGGGAACCAGACUCCUGGAGCAGUUUAUCCUAUGAAAUCCCGUAUGGAGACUGCUCUGUGAGGCAUCAUCGAGAGUUGGACGUCUAUACCUUAACCUCUGAGUCCGAAACCCGUCAUGAAGUCCCAUUUCCUGGAGACAGUUGCACUGGACAUAUUUUUAAACUUAUGAACAUCCAACAGCAGCUAAUGAAAACGAAUGUUAAGCAGAUGGACAGUCCUGUGCCCUUAAUGGUGACAGCACAGGAUCCUUCAAGUCUGCACAGUGCCCGAGAUCCAGAUGGCCAGUUUCUUUGCUGCACGUCGGAUCCCAGGGACAGCCAGCAGUGCUCAUCUCUGCCCGAAGACCCUGAGCCUCACCCGUGUGGCCACGGGAGCACUGUGGGGGAGACUGAAAGUUCCUCCAGUUUGUCAGGUGUGGCUGCGGAAGAGAAUACAGACUGUUCCUGUAAGAAGGAAACCGAAGGUGUGGGGGGAGCAGGGGACGAGGCGGAGCCCUCACUUACUGUGGACCGUGGAGCGGUGUCUGAUCCCAGCAGCCGCCUUCUGAGCAUACCUGCUUGUGGAGGAGAGGCCACAGGAGACUUUCCAUCCGGUCAAGUCAGAAAUGGAGAAACUGGAACAAAAUCUUCUGCACUGGUCACAGACCAGGAGUCUCUAAGCACUGGAGACCGCCUCCUGCAGGGAGACAUGGCCAUGCAACCGGGCUCCGCUCCCACUCCGCAUUUCUCUGGAGGGGAACUGGCAGUCAACGUCCCAGGGACUGCAGGGGAGACAGAACGUGGUCUCCCGAACGUCGAUGCCGCCAUCCAGAAGGAUGUGCUUGAAGUAAGGGAAGGUACAAAGGAAAAGUUUGAGGACUCUCCUAUCAGCACAGCCGGAGCCUCUGACGUAAAAGUCACAAGUCAGCCUGCAGAUAAAGCCGCUGCUCCCAACAGCGUCUCUGCCACCGGCUCCCCGGGUGCUAAUGAACCUGCUGAGUCUUUACUUGCAUCUAGGAAGGGAGAAGCCUCCCCUGUGAAAACUGCAGAGACAGAAGCUUCAAGAAGUUUUGAAGGGAAUGCUGGGCCUCCCAUGGGUCAGAGCUUCCCGGUAGCUCCAGCUGCUGCAGAAGACACGACUUCAGAUGGGCUCGGUCCUUCUGCUCCCUUGGCAGGCACAAGUGAGGCAGCGUCCCCCUCCCAUCUAACCUUCCCGGGGCCACGAAAAGACGCGCCGAACAAGAAAUCGGAAACUGAUUCAUCUCCCAUUCAGAGCCAGAUCAGCCAAUCACCCCUCUGUUCUACACCUGGAGGGGACACUCCGUGUGCCACCCCUGCCUGUGGUCAGAGCACAGUGAUUGCUGGGGGCGUCCUUGCUGCGAAACACUGUGGUGGCAUAGGUACCCAGCCCGAGGACACCACCCCAGGACUGCCCCCCACACAGCAUCUCCCCCUGGACCUCUGCGGUGAAGGUCCCCAGGCUCACACAGCCACCCCUGACCCUCCAAGAGGCACCCAGGAACAGGCGGAAUUUUGUCCUCGUGAAGAUUCAGAUAAAAAGGGCCAGAGAAGAGAUUGGAACCUCGGAACGGCUUUAACAAAUAUGCUUGAGGUGCAGCCACAGGUGCUUGUCCCCAGCGCCGAGGAAGAACUGGUGCCAGACCAGGCCGUGACAUCAGACAAGACUUCUCUGGCAAGCGGGCCAGGCAGUGAAUCAGUAACCAAAGAUGACGCACUUUCUCUUGUCCCCUCCCAGAAAGAAAAGGGAACAGCAACUUCUGAACUACAUACGGCUACAGAUGGUGAAGAUGGCCCAGGCGGAGAUUGGAGCGGUCCUGAGAAGCAGCCCUCAGAAGACGGUGCUGUAGGCCUGCCCGCACCCUCAACUGCUCUCCAUCGUCAGCCCAGAAUGGGGAAUACCAGCCCCAUGGGACUUAGUGGGGAACAUGGGGCUCCCCGCCUUUCAGCAGCCCCCGAAGUUCUGGAUCUCGAGGGGGGCACCGACGCUUCUCUGCUGCGUGCGGGUAAGGCCACUGUGGCCUCUGAUUCCGUUCUGACUGAGGUAGGAAAAACUGAGGUGGUUCUGGAAAGCUCUGAAGCUCAAGGACAAGAUAGCAGGGAUAAAGCAGUGACUUGUGCCUCUGUUAAGGAAGACAGUUAUUCCUCAGGAGCGUUUCAGGAAGAGCAGAGAACACCACCUCCUGGACAGGAGGCACUGGGGUUCUGUGGAGAGCGGAGUUCGGCUGUCUGUGCCGAGGACAGAGCACUUGAGCGCGGCAGUCCCCGGGGCGCACCCUUGGCCUGCCUGAAUGCAGAAACUGAGCAUAACCAGGAAGUGGCCCCGCCAGCCUCGCUGCUGACUGAAGGUGGGGCUGCACAGAGCCUGGUGCCACGGGGAGCAAGUCUGGCUGCAGACCCACACCAGGAAGCCUCGGGUGCAGAGCAGAGCGGCUCGGCUGCAUUGCCAGGCCUGUCACCAGAUGGGGCUGGGGCUCUUGCUUGCAGUCGGUCUUCUGCUCUGGAUAUUGGCGUGCAGAACCCUGAAUCCCAAGGUAAAAGCCGUGCUGGUGAGGUGAGCGGAAAUGUGGGGUUGGAUGUUGCUGUGGUUAAUGCCACAGAAGAUACUGUCGGGGCCAGAAGAGAGGCUGUAUCACACACCGCCCAGGACCUCCCGAUUUCAGAAGCCUUGAGCCAGGAGAAGACUGUGGUCCUGGAUUUGCCAGGAGCUUCAGCAGACAAAAGUGUGCUGGAACUGCGGGGCACCACCGCUCCCGAGAUGGUGCCUGUUGGUUGGAAGGAGGCAGACAGCGGCGGCGUGGCCGAUGGCAGCGGGGCACAGGUGGAUGCCGACGCGCGCCACGUCCUCCAGCAACCACCUGCCAGAGAGCUACCCACCGACACCGGACUCUCAAACAGUGAUAAGCCGGCCCCAGGCAGGGCAGGGGGCACUCCCCCUCUAUCCUGGGCCGUGUCUCUGCCGGAAGGAGCAGGCUCCAUUGAGGAGGCUGCGAGUCGCAUAGUGGAGGCCGUCCUGCACCAAGUCAAGUCCUCGGGAGCCCUGAUCAGUGGGUGGGGGACUGGUCACAUGUCACCGUCCAGCCCUUCAGAGUCAGGCCCAGUGACUGAGCAUCCACAGAGUGCUUCUGCAGGGAAAGGGAGCUCUUUUCUGCCUGGGCGGACCCCACACAUGGGCAGUAUCUGCGAAGAAGCCCCUGGCAGCCUUGCAGGGGGUUUGGCUGAAAGGGAGAAGCUGGAGAAGAUGGUUCUGGCCGCUGAAGGAUUUGGGCCUGCAAUAGAAAUGCCAGACUUGAAAGCUGCAGAUGAAGUGGAUUGUCUGAGUAAUGCCAGGGCGAGCUCGGCCUCUGCAGAGGUGGUCUUAGGAGCCGCAGCUGCCACGCCUGACGUGAAGCAAGGCCUGGCGACCCAGGCGAUAAAUCGAGAAAGCUGGUGUACGAUAAAGCCGUGCCCCGAUACAGCACCUCUGUUGGCCCCCACAGAGAGCCCAGAAUGUGAGAACUUCCUGGAUGUUGGACUGGGCAGAGAGUGUGCCUCAAAACAAGGAGUCCUCAAAAGAGAAUCCGGCAGUGACUCUGACCUCUUUCACUCACCCAGCGAAGAAGUGGACAGCAUUAUCUUCCCCAAGCCAGAGGAAGAGCCGCUGGUCUGUGACAUCACCGGAUCCAGUUCGUCCACCGACGACACCGCUUCCCUGGAUCGACAUUCUUCUCACGGCAGUGAUGUGUCCCUCCCCCAGAUUUCAAAUUUGAACAGGUCCAGAGAUCAGCAGGGUCUUGACGGCUUCUACAGCCAUGGCGUGGGAGCUGAGGGUCGAGAGAGCGAGGGCGAAGCUGCCGGCUCAGGUGAGAUGGAGGAGGAGGAAAUGGACAGCAUCACCGAGGUGCCCUCGAACGGCUCUGUGCUGAGGAGCUCCAUGCGCUCCCUGUCCCCUUUCCGGAGGCACAGCUGGGGUCCUGGGAAGAACGCGGCCAGCGAUGCAGAAAUGAACCAGCGCAGUUCAUUGCGAGUUCUGGGGGAUGUUGUCAGGAGACCUCCCAUUCAUAGGAGAAGUAUGAGCUGGUGUCCCUCUGGUGUGCACUACUCUGCUGCCCUGAGUGCUGACUUUAAUUACAGAAGUUUCAGCCUAGAAGGCUUGACAGGAGGAGCUGGUGUCGGAAACAAGCCAUCUUCAUCUCUAGAUGUGAACUCCUUAAACACCAAAGAGCUCAGGCACCCUUUUGGUGGUGAAGAAAGGGGUGACUCUUUGAUGUCACUUUCAGAAGAGGAUCUGGAAUCAGGCCAGAGAGAGCACAGGAUGCUUGAGCAGCAGGCAUGUCACAGAGCUAAACAACAGGGAUUCAAUUACUGUACAUCAGCCAUUUCCUCUCCACUAACAAAAUCCAUCUCAUUAAUGACAAUCAGCCAUCCUGGGUUGGACCCCCAGCCUCGGAUGCAGCCAGCAAGGCGGGUGUCCUUCUCCGUCCGCAUCUCUCCACACCUCCUUAAGUCUAAAACCCUUUUCUCUCCUGGCUCUUCUUACUCGAGUGACGAGGAGGAGGCGUUGCCUAAUUCACGGUCUUUCCACGGUACCAGCGCCAACCUGACUGAGAGCAUAACAGAAGAGACCUAUAGUUUCCUGCCACAAAGCCCCUCCAAGAAAGAUUUUGAAGGGAAGAGUGGAACAAAAGUCAGUCGCACAUUCAGCUACAUCAAGAAUAAAAUGUCCAGCAGUAAGAAGAGCAGAGAAAAGGAGAAAGAGAAAGAGAAGAUCAAGGAGAAGGAGAAAGAUCUGAAGGAGAAAGAGAAGGAUAAGAAGACGGUCAACGGGCACACUUUCAGUUCCAUCCCUGUCGUGGGUCCGAUCAGCUGUAGCCAGUGCGUGAAGCCUUUCACCAGCAAGGAUGCCUACACGUGUGCAGGUUGCGGUGCGUUUGUCCACAAAGGCUGCAGAGAAAGUCUGGCCUCCUGCGCAAAGGUCAAAAUGAAGCAGCCCAGAGGGAGCCUUCAGGCACAGGACACGUCUUCCCUGCCCACAGUCAUCAUGAGAAGCAAGCCCUCACAGCCCAAGGAGCGGCCUCGAUCUGCAGUUCUCCUGGCGGAUGAAGCCACUGCCAUUCCCAUGUUUGCCAACAGACGGUCCCAGCAGAGUGUCUCACUCUCCAAAAGUGUCUCCAUACAGAACAUUGCUGGAGUUGGCAAUGACGAGAACAUAUCAAACACCUGGAAAUUCCUGUCUCAUUCAACAGACUCACUCAAUAAAAUCAGCAAGGUCAAUGAGUCAACAGAGUCGCUAACUGAUGAGGGAGUAGGUACAGACAUGAAUGAAGGACAGCUAAUGGGGGACUUUGAGAUGGAAUCCAAGCAACUAGAAGCCGAGUCCUGGAGUCGCAUCGUGGACAGCAAGUUUCUGAAACAGCAAAAGAAAGAUGUGGUCAAACGGCAAGAAGUGAUUUAUGAGCUGAUGCAGACCGAGUUGCACCACAUCCGGACGCUGAAGAUCAUGAGCGAUGUGUACAGCCGCGGGAUGAUGACAGAGCUGCUCUUCGAGCAGCAGACGGUGGAGAAGCUGUUCCCCUGCUUGGACGAGCUGAUCAGUAUCCAUAGCCAGUUCUUCCAGAGGAUCCUGGAGCGGAAGAAGGAGUCUCUGGUGGAUAAAAGCGAGAAGAACUUUCUCAUCAAGAGGAUGGGAGAUGUGCUGGUGAACCAGUUUUCAGGGGAGAACGCAGAGCGCUUAAAGAAGACGUACGGCAAGUUCUGUGGGCAGCACAACCAGUCUGUGAACUACUUUAAAGACAUUUAUACCAAGGAUAAGCGGUUCCAGGCGUUCGUGAAGAAGAAGAUGAGCAGCGCCGUGGUGAGGAGGCUGGGCAUCCCAGAGUGCAUAUUGCUGGUGACCCAGCGGAUCACCAAAUACCCAGUUUUAUUCCAAAGAAUACUGCAGUGUACCAAAGACAAUGACGUGGAGCAGGAGGAUUUGGCUCAGUCCCUGAGCCUGGUGAAGGACGUGAUCGGAGCCGUGGACAGCAAAGUGGCAAGUUACGAAAAGAAAGUGCGUCUCAAUGAGAUUUAUACGAAGACAGACAGCAAGUCGAUCAUGCGGAUGAAGAGCGGCCAGAUGUUUGCCAAGGAGGAUCUGAAGCGGAAGAAGCUUGUGCGGGACGGGGGUGUGUUUCUGAAGAACGCGGCCGGAAGGUUGAAAGAGGUUCAAGCAGUUCUGCUUACCGACAUUUUAGUGUUCCUUCAAGAGAAAGACCAGAAAUACGUCUUUGCAUCAUUGGACCAGAAAUCCACCGUGAUCUCGUUAAAGAAGCUGAUUGUCAGGGAAGUGGCCCACGAGGAGAAAGGUUUAUUCCUCAUCAGCAUGGGGAUGAAGGACCCCGAGAUGGUGGAGGUGCACGCCGGCUCCAAGGACGAGCGGAACAGCUGGAUCCACAUCAUUCAGGACACGAUCAACACCCUGAACAGAGACGAAGAUGAAGGAAUUCCUAGCGAGAACGAGGAAGAGAAGAGGCUGCAGGACACCAAAGCCCGAGAGCUGAAAGAGCAACUCCAGCAGAAGGACCAGCAGAUCCUCCUCCUCCUGGAAGAGAAGGAGAUGAUUUUCCGAGACAUGACCGAGUGUAGCACCCCCUUGCCGGAGGAUUGCUCCUCAACACACAGCUCUCGGAUCCUCUUCCGCUCCAACACAGAAGAAGCUCUCAAAGGAGGACCUUUAAUGAAAAGUGCAAUAAAUGAGGUGGAGAUCCUUCAAGGUUUGGUGAGUGGAAGCCUGGGAGGCACGCUGGGGCCGGCGGUCAGUAGCCCUGUUGAGCAGGAAGGCAUGGUGGGUCCUGUCUCCUUGCCCCGGAGAGCAGAGACCUUUGGAGGAUUUGACAGCCAUCAGAUGAACGCUUCAAAAGGAGGUGAGAAGGAAGAGGGAGAGGACGGCCAGGAUCUGAGGAGAACCGAGUCGGACAGCGGUCUGAAAAAGGGUGGAAAUGCUAACCUGGUAUUUAUGCUUAAAAGAAACAGUGAGCAGGUCGUCCAGAGUGUCGUCCACCUCCACGAGCUCCUCAGCGCGCUGCAGGGCGUGGUGCUGCAGCAGGACAGCUACAUCGAGGACCAGAAGCUGCUGCUGGCCGAGCGCGCGCUCACCCGGAGCUCGUCGCGCCCCAGCUCCCUGGUGGAGCAGGAGAAGCAGCGCAGCCUGGAGAAGCAGCGCCAGGACCUGGCCAACCUGCAGAAGCAGCAGGCGCAGCACCUGGAGGAGAAGCGGCGGCGCGAGCGCGAGUGGGAGGCGCGCGAGCGGGCGCUGCAGGAGCGCGAGGCGCGGCUGGCGCAGCGCGAGCAGGACGUGCAGCGCGGCCAGCAGGACCUGGAGCGCGAGCGCGACGAGCUGCAGCUCCGCAAGGGCGCCUACCAGUGCGACCUGGAGAGGCUGCGCGCCGCGCAGAGGCAGCUGGAGCGGGAGCAGGAGCAGCUGAGGCGCGACGCUGAGCGGCUCAGCCAGAGGCAGGCGGAGCACGACGCCCAGCAGGUUUCACGUCAGCACAGCAAGCUGCUGCGGAUCCCGUCCUUCCUUCCGAAUCCGGAGGAGUCGCCCUUGCCGCCUGUACCUUCCAUAGCCAAAUCGGGAUCCCUGGACUCGGAACUCUCAGUGUCCCCAAAAAGAAACAGCAUCUCUCGGACACACAAAGAUAAGGGGCCUUUUCACAUACUGAGUUCCACCAGCCAGCCAAACAGAGCCCCAGAGGGUCAGAGCCAGACCCCGGUGCCCACGUCCGCCUCCACCCGCCUGUUUGGGUUAGCUAAGCCAAAGGAUAAGAAGGAGAAGAAAAAGAAGAACAAAGGCAGCCGCUCUCAGCCCGGUGAUGGCCCUAUGUCAGAAGUGCCCACAGAGGGUGAAGAGAUCUUCUGCUGACCCUGCCCUCUGCUGUGGCCACUGCCUCCUAUCCUGGCCCGUGGUCCCCAGCCCCACCUCUCCUCCUGUUCCUGGGUGUGGUCUCUUACCUUGGACACAGAGCUGCCCCACGUCCUGGACCAGAGGGACAAUGAUCUCGAAGGUCAGGGUGGGACAGCAGACCCGGGCUCAGCGGCUCACACCGAAAGAAGACGGCCCAGAAGUCCAGGCGAUGGCUUCAGACACGUCAGGAAUCUCUAGAGGCUGAAAGAAAUGUGGAAAUAAGGUCUGAAAUUCUACCUUUUAUUUGAGGGUCACAAGCAACAGUCAAACGGCAGAUAGUUUGGACUUGGUCUGUGUACAUAGAGUUACCCUUCUGCAUAUACACGUGAGGUGUGCCAGAAUUAGGCGCCGUCUGUAGCAGAGGCCUGGUCCGCUUGGCACAGGAGGUGCCACCCGGCCCUGCUCCAGGAGCACGUGGGCCCUUGCCUCAUACACCCUCCUAGUCCUCCAAGGUGGUCCUGUCACCCUGCCCUGUGCACACCUCCUCCCUUUCUGCAUGUUUCAUUUUAAAAGGGAUGGCAAACGUUUGUGAAAACCAGUAAGAGAAGGGGUGAUGUGUUUAAAAAGCAUAUAUAUA